AUGAGUAGAAAUAACGAUACAAACAUCAAAAUUUUUCAUGUUCGUUUGCCAUUUAAUACGGAGUCAUACAAACUCUCAGUUUUGGGUAAUUGCGACGCUUUAGGCAAUUGGAAGGAGGAUAAAAUACAGCUCCGUCAAAUUCGAAAUACUAUUUGGAAAUCUGAUCCUGUGCACAUUCCAGUAGAUUCUAAUAUUAAAUACAAAUAUUAUUUUAAAAAAGAUCAACCUUUAAAUGAAGAUUCAUUUAUCGAUUAUAUCUACGAGACUAUCGAAUCUCCUGAUAGCUUAAAUUGUGGUUUUUUAGAUUAUCAAUAUAUUUUAAGAAAUUACAGAGAAGAAUUUAAAAAUAUUAUUAAUUUCAUUAAGCAGUGUUUAUUCACAAGCAAACCAAAAAAAACAAAAGAGCAAGUGUUAUUUUUGUGUGUUCUCCUUGGUGAUAACAUAGAAUACCGGCCAUUUAAAUCCAGUCUUCCAUAUAAUUUUCCAUCCUCCAUCAUGCUAAAGGAAUUUAAAAGCAUCGAUGAUUGUUAUGGUCUGCCUUCCAAUGCGAAAACUAUGAUUGAGAGAGCCAUCAAAGCUUUGAUUCAACAUAACUCUAAGGGUGGUUUCCUAGACUGGAUUAUAAUCUUUGCGCUUGCUGCUAAAUUGGAUAUGCCAUACUCAUUUAUUGAUUCGAUAGAAAUAUAUGAUUAUGAAAAGCAACCUAAUCACUUCGUAAAACUAUUGAAAGAAAUAAAGCCUAGCAUCAAUGAUCUUAAGAAUUCUAAUUCUAAAGCAUCAAAUAAAACGAUUAUUAAGCUUGUUAAAAUCUCAUAUAAUGCAGAAUGUCUCGUACACCUGCAGGAAUAUUUUAAAGAUUUGGGGAGUGACUAUUAUAUUAAAUAUGAAGUUCGUAAAAAACUUUUGGAAUUGCUUAAAGAUAUAAAACUACAUUGGAAUAAAGAAAAUAUCUCCUCAAUUCACAGGCUUCUUAUGGAACCUAAUUUGGGGUGGCAAAAUAAAGACUACAUUAGCGUACUCAAAGCAAUUGCUGGAUCCAGUCAAACACUUAUAUUAGAAUCUUUUCCUGAAAUUUUUAAAUUUAUCUCGGGAUUGGAUUUAGAGGAAAUUAAAAAAGAUUUUGAGCGUGAAUCAAUCACAUGGUUUAUAAAAAUCUAUAAAAAAUAUAAGACCUACGAUAUCUUCCAUUAUCUUUCAAUGAUGCAUACAACUUCGAAGUAUGGUCGAGAAAUAUUAAACAAGUUGUUAAACCAUAAUAUUAUGACGUCAUUAUCCGAUGAUUCUUUAUUUUCCAUUACAUCGUCUAUUGAAGACUUUCAUGAAGACAUAAUAGUCCAUUUUAUAUCUUUGGUAAAAGAAAGAGUAGGACUUCUUGUUCAAGUUCCUAAUGAGCGUCUCUUGGAAAAAACCAAGCAGAUUUGUGGUAGCACAACGAGUUUGAAUAUCCGAAAUCGUUCUUGUGAAGAAAUUUUAUGUUUUAUACUUGAUCGCUUACAACAAGCAAAGGAUGUUAAAUUUUCAGAAAUAGAAUCUUUUCAACUUUCGAUGUUUCAAUUUGCGAAAUUUUGGAUGACAAUAUUUAAAGCAGAAGGUCAUACUGAAAAAUUAUGUUCUCAUCCAUAUUUUAAAGAAGCAUGCGAGACGGUAAUUCAUAUAGCUACGAGCAUUAAAGAUCGUACUAUUACAAUAAGAUUACUUCAAAAAAUUUUUAAAUAUUUUUUUAUCAAAAGCAACAGAGUUCUCAGGGAUUAUCUUAAUUCAGCUAUGAAAAAUUAUCCGGGAGAAUAUAAUAUAAUUCCAUGCGAAGUUAUUGAAGAAAGUUACAGCCGAUGUUAUGAAUACAUUUUAAUUUUGGAACGUCUCCAAAAAUUUUAUAAACAAUUCUGUCCUUCUCAAUUAGUUACAGAUGUGAAACAAUAUUUGGAUAAUUUAGAAAAAAGAUCAAUUGACGCCACACUUGAAGAAACAUACAUCGAAGAUCAUUGGUCAAUGCAUUCCAUGACUAUUGAAAUUAUGAAAAAUCAUUAUCACUUAAUUGAAUCACAAACUUUCUACAACGCCUUUCAAAUUGUAUUGAAGGAAGAAUUGACUGUUAAACAAGUAAUGAAUGAAAUUAUUAAAGAAGUCAUUGAAAAUUAUAAGACAAUAUGCGAAGAAUAUGAUAAAUGGGAAGAAGUUAAAUGUUCUGUUGCAAAUGAAUUCUGGAAAAAUGUCGAUAUUAAACAUGUUGAAAAAGAAAUUGAGUUUAUGAGUCCUUAUGUUGAAAAGCUUAAGUCGAGUAGUAAUACUGGAAACAACGAGAACAAUAUUCAAAAAUUGAUUGGCUCAGUAAAACUUUUAGUUGAUAUCUCCCCGGCAUUGGAAAGACUAUAUCAACUUCAGAAUGUGAUUAAAGGUUUAGGUGUAAUUCAAUGUGAUCAAGAUUCUUGGAUCGAAGAACUAAUAAAGAACUUAGAAGAUGAGGAGUUACUGCUUUAUCAGCUAUAUAAAAUUUUUUAUCGACUUAAUGAAAUUGAAAAGAAAUCAUCGUUAACAAAUGACGUUUGGUCAAUAAUUACGGAAAUUUCUUCAGCUAUAGAUUUUGUUAUUUUUCUUAAGUCACUUGUCGGUCAUAAUCUCAAAAACUUAAUCAAUGGAGUUGAUGAUCAUUCGGAUGAACGUUUGAUCCAAGAAAAUACUGUCCAGACAUUUAUUCAAGUAAAACAGAUCCUGGAACCUUUAUUAGAGGAAAGGAAAGGAAAUUAUAAACAGUCAGCAGAACAGGAAUUGCAAAAAUUCUUGCUAAAUUUACAUGGUAUCAUAAAGAAGAAUUCAUCUCUUGUUUUCAAGUUACGAUUAUGUAAUGCGAAUGCGCAAGCACUAAUGAAUAUGUACAAAAAUAUUUCUAAUCGUGGAGAGAUAACAAAAGAAAAGAUUUUCUAUUCAGUGACAAAGGGCGUAUAUUCAUUUGAGAGAAUGAAGGAUGAUGAUAGUAGAUAUACCGCAACAUUAUCAUAUUCUUCUGACAUUUUAAGGGACGGCACUGCGAAAUAUACCUUUGCCGACCUUCAAGAUUUGCGUGGUCGAGCCUUAUUGAUCGCGAAAGCUCCUACAAAUGCAAAAGCUUUCAUCAAUGAGAAGACUUUAGAUAAUGAAAGCAUUAAAGCUAGCGAAAUCACGUUGGAUCACAUGAAUCAAUUUGUUAUUAGAGUUGACCUCGCACAAGAGAUAAUUGAUACUGCAUCAUCGUUAAAGGAACUUGGACAUUUUAAGUAUCGUGAUUUUCAGAUAUCUACACGUUCUACUCAAGAUAUGGAAAGAUUGUUGAAGACUUUGCAAGAUGAUUUACAAAAUUGGGAAAAAAUUGUUAAUGAAGCACAGAAAAACCACUAUUAUUUAACCUUUUUCCUAGCACAGCAUAUUUUAAAUUUUUAUGAUUAUUUUUCAUGCAGCGAAAAUAUUGCAACUACACGAUCUGAUAUCAAAGAAAAAUGUUCGAUCCUCUUGAGAUACGUCAAUGAUAAAGCAGAAUUACCAAACAUUGAAUCUGAUAACCUUAAUAUCUCUCUUGAACCAAAAAAUUAUUAUAGAAUAUUGUGCAAGAUUGGUACCAUAUUACAUGGAAUAUUCAGUCAAAUUCCUACAAUGAAACGCCAGAUGACAGCCAUUGUUAAUCAUGAGACCGUAAAUGAAGUUCGUCAAGGGCACCUUUUCAUCGCAAAAUGUAAUAAUAAAUUUAGGGUACCUAAUAUUAUCAUGUCUUUAUGCAAUUUACAUAAUAAAUGCUAUCCAGAAGCAUGGCAACUUCUAAUUUGCAAGUCUUCUACUACAGAAGAAGAACUUCUCACUUUCACAAAACGAUGUUUUUAUGCUGCAAAGAAUGGAUAUGGAGAACAUCUACUUUUCAUUGCUAAUGUAGAAUUUCUUGAUUUUGAAUUGCAAUAUCAGUUGGUAUCAAGCAUACGCUCUUUAUGUCAACAAGAUAACCAAUUUUACCUGGUCUUAAUUUGCUGUCUUGAAAAUAGCAUGCAUCAUCAUAUACUCGAUCAAUUUUCAGAACAUACACACGUGAUUCAGGGUAUUGAUGCGAAUUCAAUGCACAACAUUUACAAAGAAUUGUGUCCUAAUGUAAUGGCAGUUUCUUCGGAUUUAUCCGGGCAAGGAAAGACCAAGUGGAUUGAAGAGCAAAGUUUCACCCAUGAAUUGGUCCCCCGAAAAUUUUUGAUAAGUGAUGGAAUGACAUUUGGAAUACUUGUGCAUAAGUUGUCAGAGAUUAGAUUAAAAGAUACUGAAAGUUUACAUUUAAAUAUCACGUUAAUAGACCAUCACUAUGAUAUAAACAUGUUUCUAUUCGAAUUUCUUUCACUCAAAAUUGUGAGAGACAGAACUGAUUUCUUAAGUAUUUCACCGAUGCAAAUAUAUAUAGAAAUAGAAUCAUCCAUGAAUCAAGACUUACUAAAUGCAAUUCCAAUUAUCGGACAUUUAGAAAAAAUGCAUUUGACAUGGAAUAUCAACAACACAAUUAUUCCUCAAGAUGUGAACAGUCCUAUCCAAAUUGUUGCAAGUUAUUUAGAUGCGUAUGAUCGUAACACAAUCAAUUCAAUUGACAUCGCCCUUAAUACUGAUAGAGAAGAGUUAAUCUCCGAAAGUAGUUGUCGACAACUAUUACAAAAAUACUUUUUUGAUAAAAUUACUCAAGAAAUAAAAACAUAUCGUUUUCUUGAAAUAUUUGUCAAUGUUCUUGCGGAUCAAUUGAGAAGAAUGUCAUCUAGUGCAUUCUUUCGUGUGGAGAUAUUAAAAUUAAUGGAAGCAGACAAAAAUAUCCGAAUGACAUUAUUAGAAACGUUAAUAGAAGUAUCUAUGGAGUUUGCAACUCGAUCAGUGAAUUUGAAGAAAGAUCAGCUCAAAAAUCUUUCUGAAAAGAAUAACAAGGAAAUAAGCAUCACGAACAUCAAACAUUGGGAAGAUUCAAAUCACUUAUUAGUAUUUUUCUUGUCACAAUCUCCUGAUUCUAUCUGUGCACUUUAUCGGGAUAGAAACAAGGUUCCAAAAAAUGUUGAAAAUUUGUUAAGGAGCCAACAUUUUCCCGCAAAUUCCAAUUUCGUUCUAGAUAAUUAUGAUAAUAUGUCCUGUGAAGAUAUUCUGAAGAAAUUGGAAUGCUUGGCACGAACAACACACGAUGAACGUGAAUAUGCACCAUAUGCACUUUCUGCAGAUAACCUUUUAAAGAUGGCGCUGAUUUUAUUAAGAUCAAGAGCAAAUGUACCGGUAGUAAUUUGCGGUGAGGCCGGAUGUGGCAAGACAAGUCUCAUUCAGUUCCUUUCAGGAGUCGUUAAUGUUAAAUUUAAAAUUCUAAACCUACAUGCUGGAGUUACUAAGGAACAAAUACUUGAAUUUCUAUUUGAUGCGGAAGUUGCUGCAGAGGAAGGUGAAAUAUGGUUGUUUUUUGAUGAGAUUAAUACAUGCAACCAUAUCGGCAUUAUUGCAGAUCUCAUCGCUCAUCGGUUACUUCUAGGAAAAGAAAUUCAUAAAAAUAUUAGACUUUUUGCAGCUUGUAAUCCUUAUCGUUUUCGUCAAAAAGCUGAUACUCAAGCAGGACUCUUAACAGACAGAUAUGAAGAAAAGAAUAGUCUUGUCUAUCAAGUACGACCACUUCCGGACCAAAUAUUAGACUAUGUUUGGGAUUACGGUGUUUUAAAGCCUUCAAAUGAAAAGAUUUAUAUAAAUAUAAUGAUUAAAAAAUCUCAGGAAAAUUUACAAGAAGUGGAUUUAUUUACAGAGCUAUUAUUUGCGUCUCAAGAGUUUGUAAGAGCUCAUGAAGGAGUGCAUAGUGUUAGCUUGCGUGAUGUAAAAAGAGCUAUAAUUAUAUUUAAGUUCUUUUGCAAAAGUUUUGAUGAACGUCAAAAAAUAGCAGAAAAAAUAUCUGAACAGAAUGUCAGAUCUAAAUUUAUGCGCAUAGCAAGUGAUAUAAAAUCUUAUUUUGAAGGAGGUCCAAAUAAUGUUAUCAAAUCAUAUAUAUUAGCACUAAGCCUUUGUUAUCAAGUUCGAUUUUUUGAUCAAGAGCUACGUUAUAGAUAUCAGGAAAGAAUGUGUGAAAUUUUUGAAGAGAAUGGAGUAGAAAUAGAUUAUAAAACUUUUAUGGAAGUUGUUCAAGGAGAGCAAAAAGAUUUUAUGAAACGUAUGACGAAGCCAAGUAUGGUUGCUGAGAACUUUGCUCUCCUUGAGAAUGUACUUGCGAUUACUGUAUGCAUAUUAACUCGUAUUCCGUUAUUUAUCAUUGGUGCUCCGGGUGCAUCAAAAUCUCUGGCUAUUCGUCUAGUUAGUCAAAGUCUUCGUGGUAAUGAUUCUGAUGAUCCAUACUUUAGAACUCUUCCUCAAGUAUAUGUGGUUCCGCACCAAGGAUCAUCAUCUUCGACAUCUGACGGUAUCAGUACAGUAUUCGAUAAAGCAAAUAAUUAUCAAAAAGGAAACUCGGAAGAAUUUCCGUUAAUUACUGUAGUUUUACUUGAUGAAAUUGGCUUAGCUGAAAAAAGUCCUCAUAAUCCAUUAAAAGUUUUACACUCUUUACUUGAACCAAAUUAUCCUGCAGAACUUCCAGAAGUUGCCGUUAUAGGAAUAAGCAAUUGGAGACUUGACAAUUCUAAGUCAAGUAGAGCCUUACUAGUACAAAGACCAAAUCUUGAGAGCAAAGAUCUUAUUGAAACAACAAGAUUGUUAUUGGGAAAGGGCACAGAAUCGCAAUUUAAAGCUUUGGCCGAUUCUUACCUUGAAUACAAAAUUGUUCAACCUAUUAAUAAUUUUCAUGGGCUUCGGGAUUAUUAUUUUUUAGUCAAAAGCCUUAGCGGUGGAGAGUCUGCACAAAUGGCACUAGCAAGAAAUUUUGGAGGAACUAAUCGAAUUGAUGAACUUUACAGAGUUCACUUUGAUAAAAUUAUGACAGAAUUUCAUGUAAAUAAGAUUGAUGAUGAAGAUAAUAGUGAGAAUAAUAUUACUGCAUUCACUUUCUGGGAGCCUAUAAUCAUGAAUACCAAUAUUAUAGAAGAAAUAAAAUUUGAUGAAUUGGAUAAAGAAUUCAAUUUUGAUAAUUAUCUAUUAAAACGACAAUCGGAUAUUAUGAUUAAUCAAUUUUGUGACAUUAUUGACAGCAUUUGGAAGAAAGACGAUAAUAUAAAUAAGGAUGACGAUGACUUGGAUAGUGAAUUGGACAAAAACAAUAGCACUAGUGACAAAGAUUUUGAUAAAAACAAUAGCGCUAAAGAUGACGAUGAUUUGGAUAGUAAAUUGGACAAAAACAAAAAGAAACAGGAUAAUGAUAAACAACAUUCUAGUGCUUGUAAUGAGAACAACUCGGAUGAUAUACAAAUUAAACUUCAACUUUGGCAACGUUGUGUUGCAAAUAUUUUGUCAAUUGCUUGUAAUUUAUCAAAUUCAUUUGAUAAUCCAUCAUUAAAUGUGCUUCGGGUAUAUAAUGAUUUGUCUAAAUCAAUACCUUUAACACAAAUGCUUCAAAUUAGGCAACAUGAAACUGAUCUGUUUUCAGCACAAUCUAUUAACAUUAUUUUUAAAAUGUUUGACCAAGUAGCGAAGACAGAAAUUAGUUUGUUUUCGAAAAGAUCUUUUAUUUAUAGAUGUUUAAACAUAAUUCCACUUGAAUCACCUACCCGUUCUCAUCUUUAUGUAAAAAUAUUUUCUCAAGAACCUUUACCAUUUACUUUCCACAUCAUCUACUUAAUUUUUGAAUCAGAAAAUAGAGCACAAGAAGAGCUAUUGUUCUUUAAUAUUAUUAAUAACCCAGGAAUACUAAAAAGUACCAAGCGACUACAAGUUAUCGAAAAUAUCUUAUCUAAUCAAACGAACUCUGAAAUGGCAGCAUUAUGUUGUGAUUCUUUAUAUUUGAAAGGAUUAACAACCUAUGAAAUUAAACGGUUCUGUGAAGCGCAACAACAAAUUUUACCAUGGGUCAGAGUCUUAAAAACAGAUUGUGAUAAUCGUCUUGGAUUUAACCCUUAUUGGUACUUAGGACAAUUUAAACAAGUCGAUCUUCUAGUUAAUACAAUUUCUUAUAGUGAUGAAAUAUCAGUUAGCAAUUUAUUUAAUUCGUUUAUUGGAAAUAAUGAGAUAACUCGGAAAAUUUCAUUAGCGGGAAUGAUAAUAACAAAAUUUUAUCUUAUCAGAGCAUCACGUGAAUUGAAUACGAAUGAAAAUCUUUUAAUACAAAAGAUUUCUAAGUAUCUACAUUCAUCACAACUUCCUGAAAAUUAUAAGACGUAUCUUUCAAACUUUAUGACAAAUAGUCAUCAAUUAUAUAAGCUAACUCCAAAUAUUGAAAAUAUUGAAGUAUUUAUUUCAUCCGUUGUGGCUCACGUUGUAGCAUUAAAUAUUUCAAUUUCUGUUAAUUCAUCUCCUUUAGCCGCAUACAUGCAAGCAUUAUAUGAUCAUAAAGACACUUAUAUAUUGACAUGUCCAUCAGAUGAGUUUGCCUCAAUAACAAAUGUCAUGAUAGCAAAGGAUUCGGGAACAAGAAGAUAUCAGUGCAAAUGUGGACUUCCUUAUUUUAUUGGUGAUUGUGGACGUCCAGAUCAAAUCGGUGAAUGUAAUCAAUGCAAAAACAAAAUUGGUGGUUUAGGACAUAACCUUAAUGAAGGAAGUAGUAGUAUAGAUAAUGAUAAGUUAAAACAAUCUGUUGUAGCAAAUGAUAAACAAGGCUAUAUAAUUGAAGAUGUGUUUGAUACUUAUCAUACUGUUAGAAAUUUGCACCUUGCUUCUUACAGAAUUCUCCAUCUGUUCUUGCAUAUAAUUAUUGGAGUUCAAGCACAUUUACCAACUACUGUUGCUUUUAUUAAUAAUCAAGAAAUUGAUAUUGUUCAAUACUGCAAAAAGCACAUUGAAAAUGAUUGGAAAACAUUGAAAAAUAUUUUUAACUGCGAAGAUGAAACUUUUAGAUCUAUGACAAUAUUAGAAGAGAUUAAAAAUUUAAUCCAUCAAGAGCCAAUACCUGCCAAUAGCAGACCAUUAAUAUCUGACAAUCAAAUAGAAUUACUUUCAGCGUUAGAAAUAAUUAUUUGCUUUUUAAAACAAACCUCUGGAGACCAAAAUACUUUGAUUAGUGAUUAUAUAGAAAAAUGGAUAAAAUUAAGCUAUCAGGCUAAUUUAAAUGAAUCUUUAAAGCAAGAUAUUAUAAAAUCGAUAGAUUUUGAAAAGUCAAUCUUUGAAAAAUCUGCAGAAAUUCCAGCAAAAGCAUUUUUAACUGCAUUGAAGAGAUUGAUCGUAAGAUAUUUGUCAACUGAUAAUGAAAUCAUCAAAGAAAAUGAUCUUCUUUCUUUGUAUCUUUUAGAGAAUGAAUCUCUUGGAUGUUGGCCUGAUUACGUUUCUAUAGAUAUUAUAGAAGAUAAAUUUCCAACUACUUUAUUAACCUCCCAUAUAUAUAAUGCCUACAAGUUUAUCGAAGAGAAACAACGUGCAUUCGAUCAAAAAAAUCAAACAGCGAGUAAUCAAAAUGAACAGUAUAUUCAUUUAAACAAAAGGUCAAAAAGAGGAGCACGAUAUGGAAGAUUUAGAAAGUCUUAA